CAACGAUCAAAUUAACAAGUUUGGGUGAAUACAGAUGAUUGAGUAGAGUUUAGUCCAUUCGUAUUCCUUCAUAUUUUGUUAUUGUUCGAAUCAGAAAAUGCCGAAGCGUGGUAGACCGAAGAAAUCUGCGAAAGCACGCGAAUCAAUACCAGACUCUCAAAUUCGGAUGCAACCACCUCAAUUCAUGGACCUCGAAAUGCAAGCGAUGGAGAGAGAAAUUGGAGCGAUUAGGGAGCGUCGCGAGACGGAUAUCGAGCACUGCCUCACGGAACUCCGAUUGUUGCGCUCGCGUUUCAGCAGCGAGGAGCUUCGGAAGCUUGUGUUGCAGGUUUUUGAAGAAACCCUGCCUAAUCUCUCUAUUGUGUACGACGAACGCAACAAGAAUAUAGAUGUGAAAUGGAGAGAGAACGAGGGUUGUAACGAUGGAAUGGAUGUCCGCGCUUCUUUGCUCCAAAGUUUGUCCAUCGAAUCCAUCCGUCGCUUCCCUGGCUUUGACUAUUCUGCCAGUGCAGGGAGAAUGAGCUUUAUCGGUGCUGGUAACCUUCAAUUUAAGGACAUUGCUUUGGACGAGCCAUCUGACACUCACACUCUAGCAGUACAGGAAGGUCUUCAGACUCCCGGGAUGACUAGUCAGAGGUUGUCUGUUGGGAUGACACCCAAAACACUUAGACUGCCCAGACCUGGCGAGAUGCUUUUCUCUGUUCAUGGAUCACCUGUAGGUGUUUUCAAGGAAAUGGAAGCCAUAAAUGAGUCGGAGGAAGGUUGAAUGCCUUUUAAUAAAUCUAUUGUCCUCCGAGAACAAGCUCUAGAAGUCUUUACGUGCACUGAACAA